AUGAGCGGCCGGAAGCGCAGCUUCACCUUCGGGGCCUACGGGGGGGUGGACAAGUCCUUCGCCCCUCGCCGGAGUGCAUGGAGGAGUGAUGGGCAGAACCAGCGCUUCCCUCAGGCACUAGACCCGCCAAGAGUGGACUCAGUCCCCUCCCAGACUGCUUCAUUCCACCCAAAGAACACAGAUCUGUUUGAGAUGAUUGAAAAGAUGCAGGGAAGCAGGAUGGAUGAACAGCGAUGCUCCUUCCCACCACCCCUCAAAACGGAGGAGGACUACAUUCCAUACCCGAGCGUCCACGAGGUCCUGGGCCGAGAAGGGCCCUUCCCCCUGAUCCUGCUGCCCCAGUUCGGGGGCUACUGGAUUGAAGGCACCAAUCACGAAGUCACCAGCAUCCCAGAGACGGAGCCGCUGCAGUCGCCCACGACCAAGGUGAAGCUGGAGUGCAACCACACCGCCCGCCUCUACCGGAAGCACUUUCUCGGCAAGGAGCACUUUAACUACUACUCGCUGGACACCGCCCUGGGCCACCUUGUCUUCUCACUCAAGUACGAUGUCAUCGGGGACCAGGAACAUCUGCGGCUGCUGCUCAGGACCAAGUGCCGGACAUACCAUGACGUCAUCCCCAUCUCCUGUCUCACUGAGUUCCCCAACGUGGUCCAGAUGGCAAAGUUGGUGUGUGAAGACGUGAAUGUGGAUCGAUUCUACCCUGUGCUCUACCCCAAGGCCUCCCGCCUCAUCGUCACCUUCGACGAGCAUGUCAUCAGCAAUAACUUCAAGUUCGGAGUCAUUUACCAGAAGCUCGGGCAGACCUCCGAGGAAGAACUCUUCAGCACCAACGAGGAGAGCCCCGCCUUCGUGGAGUUCCUUGAGUUUCUGGGCCAGAAGGUCAAACUGCAGGACUUCAAGGGGUUCCGAGGAGGCCUGGACGUGACCCACGGGCAGACGGGGACCGAGUCUGUGUACUGCAACUUCCGCAACAAGGAGAUCAUGUUUCACGUUUCCACCAAGCUGCCCUACACAGAAGGGGACGCCCAGCAGUUGCAGCGGAAGCGACACAUUGGCAACGACAUUGUGGCUGUGGUCUUCCAAGAUGAGAACACACCUUUUGUGCCGGACAUGAUUGCGUCCAACUUCCUGCACGCCUACGUGGUGGUGCAGGCCGGGGGCGGGGGCCCUGACGGGCCCCUCUACAAGGUGUCCGUCACGGCGAGAGAUGACGUCCCCUUCUUUGGACCACCCCUCCCGGACCCCGCUGUGUUUCGGAAGGGGCCUGAGUUCCAGGAAUUUCUGCUGACAAAGCUGAUCAAUGCCGAAUAUGCUUGCUACAAGGCCGAGAAGUUUGCCAAACUGGAGGAGCGGACACGGGCCGCCCUCCUGGAGACGCUCUAUGAGGAGCUGCACAUCCACAGCCAGUCCAUGAUGGGCCUGGGGGGCGACGAGGACAAGAUGGAGAACGGCGGCGGGGGCGGCGGCUUCUUCGAGUCCUUCAAGCGGGUCAUCCGGAGCCGCAGCCAGUCCAUGGACGCCAUGGGCCUGAGCAACAAGAAGCCCCACACCGUGUCCACGAGCCACAGCGGGAGUUUCGCGCCCAGCAACCCCGACCUGGCCAAGGCGGCUGGAAUAUCAUUGCUUAUUCCCGGGAAAAGUGGCAGUAGAUUCGGACGCCGAGGCAGUGCCAUAGGCAUAGGAACCGUGGAAGAGUCGCUGAUCGUCCCCGGCAAGAGCCCCACGAGGAAGAAGUCGGGUCCGUUCGGCUCGCGACGGAGCAGCGCCAUCGGCAUCGAGAACAUCCAGGAGGUGCAGGAGAAGAGGGAGAGCCCCCCGGCCGGCCAGAAGACCCCAGACAGCGGGCAUGUCUCCCAGGAGCCCAAGUCGGAGAACUCAUCCACUCAGAGCUCCCCAGAGAUGCCCACGACCAAAAACAGAGCGGAGACAGCGGCCCAGAGAGCAGAAGUGCUAAAGGGCUUCUCCCGCUCCUCGUCCAGUGCCAGCAGCUUCGCCAGCGUCGUGGAGGAGGCAGAGGGCCUGGACGCGGACGACACGGGCCUGGAGAGCGUUUCCUCCUCCGGGACGCCCCACAAGCGGGACUCCUUCAUCUACAGCACGUGGCUGGAGGACAGCAUCAGUACCACGAGCGGAGGCAGCUCCCCAGGCCCCUCUCGGUCACCCCACCCCGACGCCGGCAAGUUGGGGGACCCUGCGUGUCCCGAGAUCAAGAUCCAGCUGGAAGCAUCUGAACAGCACACGCCCCAGCUGGGCUGUUAG